CGCCGUCGGUGUCGAGUGGUGGCGGGUCGGCCCCUCCCUCUCCCUUCGCGGGCGCCCCCUCAGCUGGCCUCGUUCGCCGCCGCCUCUACCACUCGCCCCUCUCAGGGCCUUUACGGGGAGGGUGGGGGUGUCUCGGAAGCCGCCGCCGCUCGCCGACCGCUUGGCUAUAGUAUGUCCAGCCGUGCCGUGCACCAAGAAGCGGCGGCGGGGACCGCGGGAGCCGCGCAGCAAGAGCGGGGCCUGACGGGCGCCUUCCCCUUGGUGCUGAAGAAGCUGAUGGAAAACCCGCCGCGGGACACGCGCCUCGAUAAAGAGAAGAAGGAAAAACUUGAGGAAGAUGAAGCGGCAGCUGCUAGUACAAUGGCAGUCUCUGCCUCCCUCAUGCCUCCCAUCUGGGACAAAACAAUUCCUUAUGAUGGGGAGUCUUUCCACCUGGAGUACAUGGAUCUGGAUGAGUUCCUGUUGGAGAAUGGAAUCCCUUCCAGUCCUACUCACCUGGAUCUGAACCAGAACCCACUGCUGCCUGUGGCUGAGUUGGAAGGAAAAGAACCUGCCAGUGUUUCUGCUGCUACCACCCCACUCUCAUCAUCUUCCACAGUGGUUUUCCAGCCAUCAGAAACUACCACAAGUGCAGAAUCCUCACCAGAUAACGAGAGACUGACUCCCAGCCCUGUUGAUCCCGAGUGUGUUGAGGUUGAUGUGAAUUUCAACCCUGACCCUGCUGAUUUAGUGCUGUCCAGUGUUCCAGGAGGUGAGCUCUUCAACCCUAGAAAGCAUAAGUUUGCUGAAGAGGACCUGAAACCACAACCCAUGAUUAAAAAAGCCAAGAAAGUCUUUGUCCCGGAAGACCAAAAGGAUGAAAAAUAUUGGACUAGGCGGAAGAAGAAUAAUGUGGCAGCCAAACGAUCUCGUGAUGCUCGUCGCCUGAAAGAGAACCAGAUCACAGUCCGAGCUGCCUUUCUGGAGAAGGAGAAUACAGCUCUGAGGACCGAGGUGGCAGAGCUGCGAAAGGAAAUGGGAAAAUGCAAGAACAUUGUCUCUAAAUAUGAGAGCAGAUAUGGACCCUUUGACUUAUCCGAUUCCGAGUGAUGCAACUUUAAAGACUCUUAAAAUCACAAAGAAACUAAAAACUACACAUGAAACCACCUGCCAUCAGAAUGAAUAGUGAAAGAUGUGAGGUGUUCCACAACUGAUGAUGACCCUGCUUGCCUGCAAGUACCUCCCUCUGAACUACCCAAGGGCUGAGCAUGAUGAAAAGACCAAGGUCUCUAAGGAUACAUUUCUUGUUGUACUGCUAUUUUUCCUUGUACCCACAACAUGCAGUACAGUUAUUAACUCUUUUCAAUGACACUUGGUGCUCGUGUCCUUGAGUUCAGUUUGAAUAAUUAGUGGUGAUCCUUUAUUGGGAGGAAGGGGCAAGUAUUAAGGGAAUAUAACUAUAAAUAUUCAAGAUUUCCUUCUGUGUUUCUUUUUCAUAUCUGUUCUUUGCUUUAGAAUGGAUAUCAAUAUUGCAGCUAAAUUCUGUUAAUCUAUUGUAUCUUGUACUAUUGGAACAGAAACAGCAUAUAUAUGUGGAAAACAGAUUAAAAAUAAAUAUGUUUUGGUGCAAUAUUCAACCAACAUAUCAAUUAAAAUAGAAGUAAUGGGAAAUAACACGUACCCCAAGAUGCACUAUAUCUUAACAAAUGCUAGCACAUUAGAUGCACCUUAUUUUCUCGGCUGAUUAAAGCUGACACUCACUUUCUGAAAUUAGCACUUUUUCUUCAGCUUGCUGAUUCUGACAAUAGAAUGAUUGUGAUGGCAUGCUGAUGCAUUUUCACAAUCUACUUGUAAUAAUUCUAAGAGAUUUCUAUUUCCUUACUUUCAUAAACAUAGAUGUGUAAUGAAGAGGGAGUAUAAUAAAAGGACAGGUUGCGAAAGUAGGGUAAGUCAGUUACUCAUUUUAUCUGCUGUUGCCUAUCUUCUAGAAGAUGCAAGUUCAACAUGUACAGUAGUUUACUUUCUCUUGCUGAAUAAAUUGCCCCAAGUCUCUUAUCAAAAUUAGUGUGGCCUUCUGAUUGCCCCAACUGAAUAAUGCCGCAAUAAUUGCUGAUUUUCAUUUCUUCUACCUGGUCCUGUACGUGUUAGAAAUAAAAUAAGCAACGUUUAUGCUGUUUUCCCCUACUAUUUUUCCCUUAAAUAUUUCUGAAUUUCACUUGAGUGCCUGUACAUAGUAUGAUGAGCAUUGGACUCAUAAAUCUGAAGCAUCAGACAUCGCACAGUUGGAAUAUCCUAUCAGAUACAUGCCUAUGUGGUAGCAGAACCUGUUGUAUAGACCCUAGGGACAGCACAGUGGCUUGUGGAAAUAGGGUAUUUCAAUUCUGUAGAAGUUACACCCUGAACGUGAUCUACAAUCUACAUGAAAUGUGUCAAGAAUAGAUAUAUUGCAAAACUGGAUAAAACCCACACCCAUUUGUCAUAGGACUAAUGACUGGGUUAGCAGGCUUCCAUCAGUUGAUUAGGAAAGCAUAGCACAGAGGUUGCCAACCUUUUAAGGCUUGUGGGCACAUUUGGAAUUUUGGACAAGUGCACCAUCCCUUCUGGCCACUUCCCUCAGCCAGAUCAGCCUCCCCACAGAAAGAAGAAUUAAUCUGGGCCUUGAAAAGGACAUGGAGCUAAAAGAGAAAGUGGAAAGAAGCAUCAUUCUUCCAAUCUCCUCAUUCAGCUCUAUGCGUUCCCCCCUUGCCAGCUCAUCAAAAGGGCAGGAAGUAAGAGGGGCUUAUUUGGCCUGGCAGAACCAUGAGAAGACCUCAAGGGCACUAUUGUGCCUGCAGUUCAAUGCUGACAAUAUUUUUAUAACAUUAUACUGUUUCAAAAUUCAUAAACAGAAAACAUAUAAUAUGUGCAUGGAGUCACAAAUUAAUAAGAAUCAAAAAAUGUUCCAUGUUCAUGGAUUAUUUCUUUGGUAUGGGAGGUAGAUAAUAUAUCAUUAGCAUAACCAGGUCUUCCACCUUCAUCUUGGUAACCAAUUUAUAGUGAUAACAGUAGAGAAUAAUGUUCUUAAUUUGCACUAACGUUUAACAUUAAUUUGUCCAAAGAAAUAGUGCAGGAUGCCUGCUGUAAGUAUGCAUACACUUCUACAUACUGCUAUUUAAUUAUAUAAUGGAAUGACCAGAGUGUGAUCUGUAGGAUUACAGACCUUGAGGGGAACAGUAAUCUCUUUAUGGAUACCCAGUUACUAUCAACAUGCCACUGAAGAUUCAAGGGUUAACAACUUUUAAUUUUUUAAUAAAUAUUGUAGAGAAGAAAGAAAAUCUUCAAAAGCAAAUAAUCCAUAUAAUAGAGAAUUUUGUUAUGGUAAUCUUAAUGUACAUGAUCAUCCCCUUGAGAGAGAUUGAAAUAGAAUAUCCCCUCUAACUGAAUUUCAUCCAUAGAUUAAAUUAAUUGAAUAAAUAAUUUGUAUUUAAAUAAUAAUUUAGAAGUUGAUCUUCCUUUUCUUAAAGAUUUCAUUUCAUUGUACAGGCUUAGCAUAGGCAUUUAACCUCUGUUUAUUGGUUUUUAAUCAUUAUUUAAUAGUCAUGUGAGAUUUCUACUUUGCAACUAGAGCAAUGAUUUAGGUUUAAGGCAUAAUUUGUGGUUCUUUGUGAUCAAUCUCUGUGCAGGUUUCAUGUGGAAUUUUGGUGGAGUUUCCCCUUAUUCAUUACUUUUGUAUCAUUCAUUCAGGAAGUAAUGGAGGCAUAUACUUAGUGCUGUGGGUACUGAAGCCUUUAUAAGUUUUUAUAUUAAACCUAUGAUAUUAAUCUUGGUUGCUGUUUUGUAUAACUAUUAAAUUCCCAAUGUCUUUGCGGGUGGGUUUUUAAAAAAUAUAUUCAUUGGCACUUUCCCUUUCUGUGCUGUGCUGUGCUGUAUUGUGCCGAAUAACCAAGUAUUCUAGAUGUAGAGCUUGCUUCUAGUACUCCCUAGUGGGCCGUCCUUCUGUCAGGUAUCAAUAUAACAGGUGCAGUUAAAGAGAACCAGCAGCUAAAGCUUACAGAGAUACUGUAAAAUUGUUAAGAGCAAAUAUAUUUUGAGUAGUUAAGACAUACUAGAAUCUCUAUGGUGUUGUUUUUUACAGAAUUCCUAAACACCUCUGGGCCAUAAGCAUCGAGUUCAAUUUUUUUUCUACCCCCACCCCAAAAACACAGAAAACCCACAGAAAUUGGGGAUGUUUUAACACAGAUUCUCAUGUUGAGGCUGAUUCACCCAAUAAAGGCAGCUAUACAAAACUGAAUUGUUUCAACUUCUAGAGUAACAGAAAUCUUACAAAUCUGAACCUUUGCUAAGGAAAAAAAAGGUGCAUUAUCGAUCUUUUUGUAUAUGCACCUCUGCUUUCCUGGAAAAAAUUGUAAAGAGUUCACUAGUAUUCAUAUACCUUUCAGCUAAAUAGCUACUUCAUGUAUUUCAUGUGUGCACCCUUUUAGAUCUGCCUUUUUAAAUGCUCACCUAAAUGUUGUGAGUGUGAUAACCAUGUGUUUGCAAACAUACAUAAUACAGACUCACUUAAAAUAUAAUUUUAUAUCCUGCGUACAUAUAAUAAUAAUUAGAAUAAUUUUAUUAUUUAUACCCCACCCAUCUAGCUGGGUUGCCCCCAAAAGUCUCCCAUCCAAAUAAUUGAUCAGGUUGACACCUGCUUGGCUUCACCUGCAAUGCUGGAGCCUCAGGCAUCUACGGGCACAACUCCAGGCAGCCUUGAUUAACUGCACCUCACUAUGGAGCACACGGUCUGUGACAGAUCUGAGGUUUGCCUCUGUGCAAUGUGCAUAGCAGCGCUAAUGCUGGCAAAUUGAAAAUUCUUAACUGAUUACUGUCCCUUUUUCAGUUUGAAAACCAGUUACAGAGAGAAGACAGGUGUGACCUGUAUAGAGCAGUGAGAUUUGUUUGGAAGAAGCUUUAUCUUGUUCAAGCAUGCUCUUUAAAAACAAACAAAAUAAAAAAACUGUUUCGCAAGUUUGCAGCCAAAGCCAGGUGUGCAUGUGGCCAGGGGCGGAGGAAGGGGGUGAGGGGGAGCGGUUCACCCCAGGUGUCUUCGCUGAGGGGGGUGACAUUCGGUGUGCCGCCCACCCGUGACUCCCAAUCCUACCCUUUGCCGGUGGCAUUCCCCCCUUCUUCUUCCUUUGUUUUGACAACUUGGGAGAGGCUUGGGAGUUGCAAUGGGCAGCACACUGAAUGUCACCCCCCUCAGUGAAGACACCUGGGGCUCCCUCCGCCCCCAGCUGCAGGGUGCAUUCACCUAGCGUGCACCUGGGAGGGCACCCUCUGCGCCCCGCCCCCUCGGGAGCACGCCCACCCUGGUUAGCGCGGGCAUAUGCUCCGCCACUGUGUGUGACACUGAUAGGAUGGCAACUACAACAAUGCACACACAGUUUUCCGCUUUAAAAAAACACUUUUGUCCUUUUUUCAUUAACGAAAUAAGGCAAGGCUGAUUUCUGAGCCAGCAUUGAAUUCACUGGUAUGCAGAUCUCAUUAAGCUGAGAAGCAGGGAAGAAUUCACUGGAUGGUAUGCAACUACGUUUUACUCAAAGUAGAUCCAUGGAAACUAAUGAACCUGACUUAAAUUAGGUCCAGUAAUUUCAAUGGGUGUAGUCUGAAUAAAACCCUCUCUUUUCCCCCUGUGGCUCCAAAACAUACUCUAUAUAUUACAUCUGCUUUUCUCAGAUUUGCCACAGAAACUAUAAAAAUACUUAAGUGAAUGGCAACUACAUUCCCUCACAAUGGCAAUGCCUGGUAUGUCCCCCACCUUGCUAAACAACUUUCUUAUGAAAACAACACAAGUUUAUGCUCUCCUGGGCUGAAUGGUGCCAAGCAAGGAAGAUUUAACAUUGUAAGAGACAAGGCAUUGCUGAGUUCAAAGUCAUUCUCAUUGUGAACUUUAGAUACUACAGUAAUUCUCUUCAUUUGAGUUAAUUUAUAAUGAGAAUUGCUUUUGAUGUGAAAGCUUGUCAACUUGAUUAUAUUUCUGGUGAACUUGUACUAUCUAAUUAUAAUGAAAAGAAUGUGAGGCUGAGGAGGGAAUGUAAUAAUUCUGUUUUUCAGACUCUUAAUAAUAUAUCUCCCCCCCCCAUAACCUCCCACUGCUCCAUUAAUGCACAUGGUUCUUACUUGUGGUUCCUAGUAGUGCUUUCUUGUGAACUUUAUCUGAAUUAAUCAGCAAGGCAGCCUCCUAAUACAAAACUGAGGCUGAGGUGUUCUUUGUAUUGUUUUGCUGAACUAGGAUAACAAUUACUGGUAACUUGUGCUUUGAAGCAUCAGUUGGCAAGGUGUUAAGUUGGGUCCAGAAUAGCAGAAGUGUAGUGUUUUUCCAUUUGUGUCUGAAACACGGUAAUAACAUGAUUAUUGGAAUACUGUAUUUUGUACAACAAAAUAUGUAAAUACACUUUAAUAUUAAUCUCAGUCCUCAUGGAGUAAUAAGUGCUUUCAUUGUAACCUCUGCAAAUUAAGAUAUUUUAAUGUAGCAUGGUUUGAGGAUUUUGUUUCUUAGAAAAUGCAGAAAUCAAGCAAAAUUUAAUUAUUGUAGAGCUUUGGUUUGUGAUACUUUCUGUUUACAAAAUGUUUAAUAAACCACAAAAAGCAGAGACACUGAGAAUUGGCAUGGGAGGUAUUUCUGUGGUCACUGAGUUUAUUCAUAAUCAUACUCAGCUGGUUUUAUUUGGAGGCAAGCCUAUCUUGCCAGCUAGCAGUAUCUUCAUGCAUUAAUUCCUGUUGGCAAAAAGCACAUGAUGAUUUCAGAAAUGCAAACUACUCUGAAUGUUGUGUUCAUAUGUGCUCUUUGCACCAGUCUGGUGUGAAUUGUCAUUCAGCACACUAUACAUUAGGUUUAUGGUAGUUUAGCCAUAAAAAACUGGUAGAUGAAUUUGGAAAUAGUUUUUUUGUCAGUAUUCUACAUUGGGAUCUGGUGCAUGCAACGUACUUCCCUUAGCGUUUCUCCAGCUUAGUGACACUAUUUCUGCUGUUAAAACUCCAUUAUCAUUGGCAUGGAAAACUUUAUCUCGGGUCAGCAAACUUUUUCAGCAGGGGGCCGGACCACUGUCCCUCAGACCUUGUGGGGGGGCGCACUAUAUUUGGGGGGGGGGGAUGAACGAAUUCCUAUGCCCCAUAAAUAACCCAGAGAUGCAUUUUAAAUAAAAGGACACAUUCUAUUCAUGUAAAAACAUGCUGAUUCCCGGACCUUCCGUGGGCCGGAUUUAGAAGGUGAUUGGGCCGCAUCUGGCCCCCGGGCCUUAGUUUGGGGCUCCCUGCUUUAUCUGCUUAUAAAAUAGCUGGAUACGGUGUUCCUUUAAAAAUAUGUUCUCAGAUAAUCCUGCAGCGUAGCUAUGUUAUUUUUCCAUAAUUAGAUUAACUACUCAGGAGUUUCAUUGUCUUUAGUCCCUUCUGUUCAUUUGGAGCAGCAGGUAAGUGUUUAGCUCCAUUUGUCAUUAAACGGGGAAAUGUGACUGCAAUAUAAAAUGCGACCUUUUUUGGUCAAAACUACUCUUUAUUUUUGCUGUAUAACAUUUGCAUUUCUCUUUGAUGCGUUCCAGUAUGUACUGAGUGAAUGUAAAAAUGUCUCUAUCCCUACCCCCCCCCAUACGCAAAUGAAUAAGACUAUCGAAAGGACUUAAAAAUGAUAAUCCUGGUAAGAAAAAAAACACAUGUUCAUACUCAAAGCCUACCUGGUAUUCAUUUUUAUGACACUUUCUAAAUGAUAGAAUUAAGCAUAUGAGCUCUUUGAUUGUGGAAGCCUGAGCUGGAUUGUCUGGGUAUGUUAAAGUCUCUCUGCUAAGUGUCUUUUUAAAAAGAAUGGUUUUGUUUUAAAAAUGUAAAGUUUUGACUGUAUUGAAAUGUUGGAUUUCUCCCCUCUUAAAAAUAAAUAAAGUGUAUAUUCUACUAA